CAGCAAAGGCACUUCAUCACGAGCCUCUGACCCGACGAAGCCGCCAUCAGCCACGAUCACUUCGCCGAUCCUGCAUCUGCACCGUGCAUCACUAUCUCCACGCCGUAGGACGACAUCGGGCUCAUUCACGAUUCCGCGGUGUUGUUUGGCUGUUCUACCAACAACCGGACCCUUAAGGAGCAGAGAAACCACACAGAACCACCAGCGCAAUGGCGUCGCUGGGCGAAGAGCUCCUCAACAUUGUCAACAGGCUGCAAGAUCUGGUCUUCAACACAAUUGGAAAUGAUUCCCUAGAUUUGCCCCAGAUUGUCGUCGUAGGAUCACAAUCAUCCGGAAAGUCGUCGGUACUCGAGAACAUUGUUGGCAAGGACUUCCUUCCCCGUGGCAGCGGCAUCGUCACACGCCGGCCGCUCAUCCUCCAACUCAUCAACCUCCCGAGCGAACGCGACGAAGACGACGAUGACGAGGUCCACGUACCACACACACCGGCAAGUGUAGCUGGCCAGCAAGAAUGGGGAGAGUUUCUCCACAUCCCGGGUCAGCGCUUCUACGACUUUGCCGACGUCAAACGCGAGAUCGAGAACGAGACCUCGAGGAUAGCAGGAAACAACAAGGGUAUCAACAGGCAGCCCAUCAACCUGAAGAUCUACUCCCCGCACGUCCUCAGCUUGACGCUCGUCGACUUGCCCGGUCUGACAAAGGUGCCCAUUGGCGAUCAGCCCUCCGAUAUCGAGAAGCAGACGCGAAACCUCAUCACAGAGUACAUUGCGAAGCCCAACAGUGUCAUCCUCGCCGUCUCCCCCGCCAACGUCGAUCUCGUCAACUCGGAAGCUUUGAAGUUGGCCCGCCAUGUCGAUCCCAUGGGCAAGAGGACCAUUGGUGUCCUUACAAAGCUAGAUCUUAUGGAUCACGGUACAAACGCCAUGGAUAUUCUCUCUGGCCGCGUAUACCCUCUCAAGCUCGGCUUCAUUGGUAUUGUCAACCGGUCACAACAAGACAUCCAGGGCAACAAGUCGCUCUCUGAUGCCCUGCAAGCCGAGCGGGACUUCUUCCGACAUCAUCCUGCGUACCGGAAUAUGGCCAACCGAUGCGGUACCCAGCUGCUCGCCAAAAGCCUCAACCAGACCCUCAUGGCCCACAUUCGCGACCGGUUACCAGACAUCAAGGCACGUCUCAACACGCUCAUGGGUCAGACACAACAAGAGCUCGCGAGCUACGGCGAUGUGGCCUUCACUGGAAAGGAGCACCGCGGCUCGCUCAUCCUGCAGCUCAUGACCCGCUUUGCCUCAUCCUUCAUCUCAUCCAUCGACGGUACCUCCACCGAGAUCUCUACCAAGGAGUUGUGCGGUGGUGCUCGCAUAUACUACAUCUUCAACUCCGUCUUCGGUAACUCGCUCGAGCAGGUGGACCCAACCCAGAACCUUUCUGUGCUGGACAUUCGGACGGCUAUCCGCAACUCGACUGGUCCAAGGCCCAGCCUGUUCGUCCCCGAGCUGGCUUUUGACCUUCUCGUAAAGCCUCAGAUCAAGCUUUUGGAGAUACCCAGUCAGCGUUGCGUGGAGCUUGUAUACGAGGAACUCAUCAAGAUCUGCCACACUUGCGGCUCUACCGAAUUGACGAGGUACCCCAGGCUACAAGGAAAGCUCAUUGAGGUCGUCUCUGACCUUCUACGAGAGCAACUUGGCCCUUGCUCAGGUUACGUCGCUUCUCUCAUCGAUAUCCAAAGGGCAUACAUCAACACAAACCAUCCCAACUUCCUUGGAGCUGCUGCCGCCAUGUCAUCUGUCAUCAACGACAAGGAGCAGCGAGAAAAGAAGAUUGCUAUGGAGGCCGAGAAGAAGAGGCGGGAACAGAGGAGGAUGAAGGAACUCCAAAACGGUGCUAACGGCGAAGAAGCUGAGGAGGGCGAAGGGGGUGAGGGUGGAACUCUUAAAGCUCUUCCUCUCCGGAAACACCAGUCACAAACCAGCCGCAGCAUGUCGCCUGCCGUAGGACGGAUGAUGAAUGGCUCGCAGAGCACCACAGCAGCGCUCAACAAUCGCAACCGAUCGCCUCCUGGUACUGCACGCGACAGCUUCUUGAACUACUUCUUCAGCAAAGAUAGCAACAACGCAUACGCCAACCCACAACAGGCAGCACACGCAGCGCUUGACAACAGGCCUGGCAGCCGCCAUGUUAGCCAAAACAGCGAGCCCAGUUUUGCGCAGAGCAUCCGGAGAGGAGACAACAAGCAGCCUGCUCAUGUAUUGGCCAUGAUGCCACCAGACAACGAUGACUAUGACGCCCCAUUGAGCGCUGCCAUGAGUGCCCCUCCUCGAAGUCCAAGUAUGGGAGGAGACAACUUCGAAGGCGGCUUUCCAUCAAACCCAGAGCAAGCACCUGCGCUUACGGAACGCGAGGCCCUCGAGACCGAGCUCAUCCGCCGCCUCAUCUCGUCGUACUUCAACAUCGUCCGGGAAACCGUCGCUGACCAGGUCCCGAAGGCGAUUAUGCAUCUUCUCGUCAACCACUCAAAGGACGUGGUACAAAAUAGGCUCGUGUCAACGCUGUACAAGGAGGAUCUCUUCCAGGAGCUCCUGUACGAGGACGACACAAUCAAGGCCGAGCGCGAGAAGUGCGAGAAGCUGCUCAAGACAUACAAGGAGGCAGCCAAGAUUGUGGGCGAGGUAUUGUAAGAGAUAGGUGUUUGGAUAAUGAAACGAAUCGUCAUGGGUUCCCUGUAGGUUUUGAAAAUGUGCGAUUAUACAACCUUGGCCCUUCUUCGGACUGGCGUCAUAGGAUGGUCGUGGUAGACGGUCGGGCUGGGGCCAAGGUUGACAAAGCGUUAUGGAGGCUGGCCGCCGUCUGUUAAUAUUGUCCUGGGCCGCUCCUCUGCGCUUUUCAUUUCUACUCUUCUGUUGCCCUGCUGUUUUCCACGGGUUGCAGGGCGUUUUCCGAGGCUCCGCUUUUCAUCUUUUCUGCGCGUUUUGAUGGUCUGUGUAGCAUAGUACCUGCCCAUGGCGGGUCGGGGGUGGAGAUGAUACAUGUAUAGAAUAUAUCAUUGGCAACAAC